CACAGUAUACAUGCAGCUUAUGUACGCUAGGCUUGAGUUGCGAGUAAUAAAUGCGGAAUAACAAACAGCGUAAGACGUAAACAUAUAAAAGAUACAGUAACAUAGAAUAGUUGUGUCUUUUCCCGUUACAACAAUGGGGAAUAAUAACAGUCACGUCUCGUUUGAAGACGACAACGACGGCAUUACGUUUGUGAAGGGCAUUCGGCUGUCUGACAAAGUCAUUGACCGCAUGAGGGAGUCUCAGUCACCACGUAAAGCCUCUGUGUGCCCAGGCCAAAAACCCGUCCCUCCACCCUCUUGCCCCUUCCCUGCACCCAUGCCCGCUGCCGAACGCCUCGCCCCAUUGCUGCCUCAAGCCCCCCAGUUUGCGAGUACCCUUCUUCCACCUCCUCUUCUGAUGGAGCCAGUGCCCACCGCCGAACCCCUCCUCAGACCUCUCCCUUCACUUCAGCCUCCGCCUGAAGAGGUGAAACCCCACGCUGCCGAGACACCCAAAGAACCGCAGCCAACAAUCCACAUCCAGACACAUCAAGCAGAAGAAACGUCUACCACUACACUGUCAGUACCUGAAGCCACGGCUGCUCCCCCUGCACUUUCAGAACCGUCUGUCGUGGCCUCACCCCCGUUAUUAACAAAGCCUUUACCCCUGGCUGUUCAGGCAACGCCGGAAGUCGUCCCUGCAGAACCCACCUUGGCCUUGCAAUCACCUCCGCCUGUCUCGGAACCAAAACCUCUCCCUGUUCAGCACGAUGCUGAAGUCAGACAACAGCCAUCUGUUGAACCUGUAACUCCCCUUGCCCCUGCUGUGGUUGAACCUGUAGUCUCGCCUGCCCCCUCUGAACCUGCAGCUCCGUCAGUGACAGUUGAGCCUGUUGCUGUAUCUGCCCCUCAUGUUGAGCCUGUUGUUUCCUCUGUAACUGUUGAGCCUGUUGUUUCCUCUGUAACUGUUGAGCCCUCAGUUGUAUCUGCCCCUGCUGUUGAACCUGUACUUGUAGCUCCACCCUCCGUUGAGCCCACAGUUGUAUCUGCCCCUGCUGUUGAACCUGUACUUGUAUCUGCCCCUGCUGUUGAACCUGUACUUGUAUCUGCCCCUGCUGUUGAACCUGUACUUGUAUCUGCCCCUGCUGUUGAACCCGUAGUUGUACCUGCCCCGGAGCCUGCAGCUCCACAGCUAACUGUUGAAACUGUUGUUGUAUCUGCCCCCUGUGCUGAACAUGUCGUUCCUUCUGUCACCAUUGAGCCUGUAGUUGUGCCUGCCCCUUGUGAGCCUGCAGUACCACCAGUAGCUGUUGAAACUGUAGUUGUAUCCAUUCCUGUGGAGCCGCUUGUAUCUGAAGCUGUUGUUGUAUCUCUCCCCGCUGUUGAACCAACGCCACCCGUUGAAGUUGCGAGUGCACCUGUUCAAUUGGAAGAGCCCGUUUUACCCGUGCCACCUAAGAUUGACUUAGAGCCUGCCGUUGUGUGCGCGUGUCAAGAUUCUCCCAUCGAUUUUGUUCCUGCAGCCAUGGUUCCUGCAGAUUCCGUUUCAGUAUGUGCCUCUCCAGUUGCAAUUGAAGAUGUACCAAUCAUUAGUCCAGACAAAGCUGAAGCGAUACCCGCGCUUACACCGCCACCUGUUGUGGUCGUAACCCCGCCCACUCCAGACGCCACACCAGCCUCUUCCCCUGUCGUAGAGGAAGCCAUUCCUAUGCCCUCGCCAUCUGCAGUGCCUCUCCCCGUCCCACCUGUGGUGGAUGAGACUGAACCCGUUGCCGUGACGACCCCCGAAUCUCCAGUGCCUCCUCCUCCUGUCCCACCUGUCCCAGUUGUAGAUGACGUUGCUCCCAUUGAUGUGCCAUUGGCAUCGCCACCCUCAGUGCCUACUGCUGUUCCCCUGCUCGCUCUGGAGGAACCUGCAGAUAUGCUCCCUGUCACUCCCUCUCCCUCUCCAGCCAGUGAGCUGUUAGCCUUACCCGCGGGACUGGACAGCCCGCCUGUCACUCCUCAGCAGCCCGUGGAUGCUCGCCCAAUCCCCUCAUUCCUAGACACCAUGAGCCCUCCCCCUCAGCUUCCUCCUCCCCAGACUCCUGUAGUCAGUGAAGAUGAACUAAGGCUGCAGAUCAAGGGUGAGCUGCAGAGACUCCUGGAGCAGGAGAUGAGCCAAGCAGAACUGAAGAUCCAAAAACAACUGGAGGAGGAGAAGCAGAAGGCUCGUGCCCUGGCUCAGGCUGCGGUCCAGGUGCAUGUCCAGGAGCACGUGAAGAAGGUGCUGGAUGACCAGAGGGCCGCCCAGCAGAAGUCCCUCACGGAGGCCAUCAUGAGGGAGCGCAUGAACACAGAGGACGAGAGACUCAUCGCACAGUACUAUUGGUUGGAACGGAAGGCUCAAAAGCUGGAGGAGAGAGAUGGAGAUCUGAAGAAACAGGAUGCACUCUACAGGGAACAGCUACAGAAACUAGAAGAAAAGAGCGCACAGUUUUAUAAAGUAACCAGCGAGAGCUUCCGCCAGGGCAAAGAGGAUGCACACAAUCGCUUCAAGCGCGUUCAGAUAAAACCAGCUUGCGCUGACUUGCAACAUGAGAUUCUGAAGUGCUACUUGAACAACAAAGGACAGACGCUAGCCUGCUCCAACAUCGCCUCUCUCUACAUCGAAUGUGUCGACAAAGCCAAACAAGAGACUAAGAAGAGCAUCGGGGGAUGAAAGUGUUCACCUGAGAAAAUCUGCAGCACACACACACAGCUCAACACAUUCUGAGUAGAGAAGGCGGCCUUCACCAGAGGGUGACUGCAGCAUUCAUACACAGCAACACAUGGGCUCCAACUCCAACCUUUUACCUUUUAACUCCAACUCAUUAUCUAACCUUGUGUCCUGCCUUGGGCUUCGCUGACUUUUCCCCCAUUCAACACCACAAAAGCAAAUGAGAAAAUAACCUUUGAAUGGUGCUUUUGUGAGAUUUUGAAUAAAAUGUAUAACAUCAACAUGGUCUUGCCUCGCAUCACGAGGUCACAAACAAAAGGAGAGGACCCGAGUUUGGAUAAUGAGUUGGGAACAUGUUCUCAGCAGGGAUGAAGCCAUAAGGGACAUUCACAAGGGACUUUUGCAGCCAUCAUGGAAUAAAUGGCUUUCACCGUUUACUUGUUCAUCAAGAUCUUUAUCAUUCAUCUGCACUCCAAGGUCUUUCUCAUUCAGCCUGUCAUUUCAUUAUCAGCAGUAAAAUGAAUGGCAGACAGUUUACUUCCUCACCUCCAGGUCUUCAUCAUUCAUCUGCACUCCAUCACUGCCUGUCAUUAUCAGUGGUAAAAACAAACAGUGGCUAAACAAGAGCAAUCAAGAGAUGGCAACCUGGCCCCCUGGUCAACGCUAGAUGCUUGUGUGAUUUUGUGCGCAAUCGCAUGUUUGCCUAGGUUGAUGACUGUGUGUGUUUGGCGCCCUCUGAAGAUGACACACAUACACUACGGGCAGUCAAACAAACACACAGACAGGGUCAUUGCAAUACUUUCCAUCUCUGGGGGGCCAGGUAGCUAUACAUAUCCUUGCUGAAAAAGGUUGCAUAACUUAGUAAUAAGCAAUAUUUGGGUGAUUUUAAAGAGGUAUAAUUACCCUCCACUGUACUCGGCAACACUGAUUUUGACAAAAAUCUAUAAUUGUUUGAAGUGUGUUUGAGAUUCACUUGCAAGCCUAAGAUAGAAUCAUUGUGGUUUUAGUUCACAUUAAUAUAGCGCCAACAAUCUUAAAAGCUGCCCUUGCUCUACUCUGCUCAUGUGGAGGAUGCCUGUAGCCUAAUGGUUGUAAGUGUACACUACAGCACACAAAGUAAGAAUUGCAAUAGAACGGCUAUUUAGGGGUCAUGGUGGAUGUUUUGCUUAUUGAAAUGUCGCUUUAAUAUUUUGAUUAUGAACGUACAACCAAAUAAAAAGGAAAUAUUCUAUA